AUGGUCAAGACUAGCGUGCUCAACGAUGCGCUCAACGCCAUCAACAAUGCUGAGAAGGCUGGAAAGCGCCAGGUUCUCAUCAGACCUAGCUCCAAGGUCAUUGUCAAGUUCUUGUCUGUGAUGCAGAAGCAUGGUUACAUUGGCGAAUUCGAGGAAGUCGAUGACCACCGCUCUGGCAAGAUUGUCAUCCAGCUUAACGGCCGCCUCAACAAGACCGGUGUUAUCAGCCCCCGCUAUAACAUUCAGCUCCGUGAGCUUGAGAAGUGGGUUGUCAAGCUCCUUCCUUCCCGUCAAUUCGGUUACAUUGUCUUGACGACCUCCGCUGGUAUCAUGGACCACGAGGAGGCCAGACGCAAGCACGUUGCUGGAAAGAUCAUUGGGUUCUUCUACUAA